CAAUAUGUUUUUGAAAGAUCUGCCGGGCAUAUCUGUGCCCAUCUCAAUAUCCGAGGGAUUUGUGCGUUGUGUACAAAUUUAAAAUCUGUAACUGUCUAUAGUAUCUAGUUUUGUCGAAUCCUGUGUAGUGUGUAGUUCAUGGACUGACGUUGUUAAUAGCUACUUAAAACAAAAUGACCGAGGACGGAGUGAGCACGGUGCUGGCCCGUUUCAAGUCGGAAACGGGCGAGACGGUCAGCAAUAUGAUGGACCUGCCUCGAGAUGUCACCGUCAAUCAUUUACAACUGAUUUGCAAUUCGUUACUCAAACAAGAAGAGACUGUACCCUAUGCAUUUUUUGUCGAUGACAAAGAAAUCACCAACAAUCUGGAUGAAUGUCUUGAUGCCAAAAAAAAAUUCAGCACUGAACUCGUUGUAGAUAUUGUCUAUCAAGAACAAGCCGUGUUUAAAGUCCGACCUAUCACCCGAUGUACCAGUUCUUUGCCUGGUCAUGCAGAAGCUGUGAUAUCAGUUCAGUUCAGUCCAGACAGUCGGAAAUUGGCCAGUGGGUCUGGUGACACCACAGUUAGGUUUUGGGAUCUUGACAUGCAAACACCGUUGCAUACCUGUGAAGGUCAUAAAAAUUGGGUGUUGUGUAUUGCCUGGUCUCCAAACAGUAAAUAUUUAGUAUCAGGUUGCAAAAAUGGAAUGAUCAUGUCUUGGAAUGUUGAAACUGGCAAACGAGUUGGUCCACCAAUGACCGGACAUAAGCAAUGGAUUACUGCUCUAUGUUGGGCUCCAUAUCAUUUAUCUCCAGAGUGUAGAACAUUUGCGAGCAGUAGUAAAGAUGGAGAUAUUCGUAUUUGGGAUGUAAUACUUGGUCAGUGCCAAAGGUCUCUUACUAGUCACACACGUAGUAUUACUUGCUUAAAAUGGGGCGGAACAGGCUUAUUGUAUAGUAGUUCACAAGAUCGUACAAUUAAAGUUUGGAGAGCUGAUGAUGGUAUUUUAUGUAGGACGUUAGAAGGCCAUGCUCAUUGGGUGAACACUCUUGCACUCAGUACUGAUUAUGUGAUAAAAACAGCAAUGGUACCCCUACCUUGUUCCACUGACAAAACUGAUAAUGUAUUAGCUGAGGCUAAAAAACGAUAUGAUGCGGCUGUUGCAAAUGGUGGUGAACGAUUGAUUUCUGGAUCAGACGAUUUUACGCUUUUUUUAUGGGCCCCUGAAAGUAGUAAAAACUCUAUUGCAAGGAUGACUGGACAUCAACAGCUGAUCAAUUGUGUACAGUUUUCACCUGAUACACGGAUAGCAGCAUCUGCUUCAUUUGACAAGUCUAUAAAAUUAUGGGAUGGAAAAACUGGACAAUUUCUUGGAACAAUGCGAGGGCACGUACAAGCAGUUUACAUGAUAUGUUGGUCAGCCGAUUCUAGACUACUAGUUAGUGGAAGUGCAGACUCGACGUUAAAAGUAUGGGACGUGAAAGCCAAAAAAUUACAAGGUGAUCUUCCCGGUCAUGCUGAUGAAGUUUUUGCUGUUGAUUGGUCUCCAGAUGGGCAUAAAGUUGCUUCUGGCGGAAAAGACAAAGUACUUAGACUGUGGACACAUUAAUUGUUUAAACGUUUCUCAAAAACAAAUUAUUUACACUGUUCAUAACA